UUUACCCUUUUUCUCACUUACCCUUUUUCAAAAAAAUUCAAAUCUCGCCCAAAAAACCCUAAUCCUAACCCCCCAAAAUCAAAUUUCAAAAAAAUGGGUGCAGCAGAAAGCCGUCAAGAUCUUGAACUUUCCGACACUGAAUCUGAUGAAGACAGACAACAAUCCGAAACCGAAGAAGACGAUGAUGAUUACGAGGAUGUUAAAGAUCAUCAUUCCCCCAUCACAACCCCAACAAAAACCCCAUCUUCUGUUGAUGAAAUUGAUGCCAAAUUGAAAGCUUUAAAACUUAAAUACCAAUCAAAGAAUAAAAAUGGUGUCAAGCUUUACAUUCAUGCCGGCGGAUUAACGACUUCAUCUAAAUGGGUCGUGGCCGAUAAGCUGACGUCAUUUUCUUUCGUUAAAAUGACGGCGAAUGGAGAAGAAGAUGAGGAGGAUGAGGAAGAAUCUGAAGAGGGUUUAUAUUGGUUUUUGAAAGUAGGUCUAAAGGUUAAGGCUUUAGUGGAUAUGAAGUUGCAGUUGAAACCGACAAUGGAUCAGUUACGUGUCGAUUUCAUGGCGAACGGGGUUUACGCCAUGAAGUUUUUUAGUAUUGAUGAGUAUAAAGGGUUUAUUGAGAAGUAUGAGAAGUGUUUGUUUGAGAAUACUUAUGGGUUUGAUUGUAAUGAUGAGAAUAAAGCUAAGGUUUACGGGAAGGAUUUUGUGGCGUGGGCGAAUCCUGAAAAGGCGGAUGAUUCGAUGUGGGAAGAUGCAGAGGAUAGUUUUGGGAAAAGUCCGGUUUUUAAGACGCCGGUUAGAGGGAGUCAUGAUUUGAGAGAGGAGUUUGAGGAGGCUGCAAGAGGUGGGAAUAUAAAGAGUUUGGCGUUAGGCGCGUUGGAUAAUAGUUUUUUGGUUAGUGAUUCGGGGAUUCAAGUUGUUAAGAAUUUUAGUAAUGGAAUUCAUGGGAAUGGGGUUUAUGUUAAUUUCGAUGAGGGUUUGAGAGGUUGUAGUGAAUCGACACCUAGAAAAGCGCUUUUGAUGAAAGCUGAGACGAAUAUGUUGUUAAUGAGUCCAAUGACUAAAGGGAAGCCGCAUACAAAUGGGCUGCAUCAGUUUGAUAUCGAGACAGGGAAAGUUGUAACUGAGUGGAAGUUUGCAAAGGAUGGGACAGAUAUUACAAUGAGGGAUGUGACGAAUGAUAGUAAAGGAGCUCAAAUGGAUCCUUCUGGGUCGACUUUCUUAGGUUUGGAUGAUAAUAGGCUUUGCAGGUGGGAUAUGCGUGAUCGACAUGGAAUUGUGCAGAAUCUUGCUGAUUCAGAUGCUCCUGUUUUGAACUGGACUCAAGGGCAUCAGUUUUCGAGAGGUACUAAUUUUCAGUGCUUUGCAACUACUGGUGAUGGGUCAAUUGUUGUAGGUUCCAUUGAUGGGAAGAUUAGGUUGUAUUCGGUGAGUUCCAUGAGACAAGCCAAGACUGCUUUCCCUGGUCUCGGGUCACCUAUUACUCAUGUGGAUGUUACUUAUGAUGGAAAAUGGAUUUUGGGGACAACUGAUACUUAUUUGAUUCUUAUCUGCACAUUGUUUACGGAUAAAGAUGGGAAAUCAAAGACAGGUUUUGCUGGACGUAUGGGAAACAGAAUCUCAGCCCCCAGACUGUUGAAAUUGAAUCCUCUUGAUUCACACAGGGCUGGAAUGUUCAAUAAGUUCCGUGGUGCUCAAUUCUCUUGGGUUACUGAAGAUGGCAAACAAGAACGCCACCUGGUUGGUACUGUUGGAAACUUUAGUGUGAUCUGGGACUUUCAACAAGUAAAAGAUGGAUCACAUGAAUGCUACAAAAACCAGGUGGGCUUGAAGAGCUGCUACUGCUACAAAAUAGUCCCGAAAGAUGACUCAAUUGUUGAUAGUCGUUUUAUGCACGAGAAGUUUGCAGUCAGUGAUUCACCUGAAGCUCCACUGGUGGUUGCCACCCCAUUGAAAGUUAGCUCUUUCAGCAUUUCGAGUAGCAGACUUUCUUAUGCUUAAUCAUUACUUGCUGUUCACUGUUAUAGCCUUCCUAGAUUUUGUUUCUGUUAAACAAUGUGUAUUGCUAUCAUUGACAAGCUGAUUGUACUUUUAUUUUAGCAACUAGAUCGUUGUAAUGGUUAAGGACAACCUAAAGUGCUUGCUUUUCGUUUAAGGCUAAUCUACACUUCUACAGCCUCCGUUUAUGAAAA